AAAACCCUAAUUUUCAUUCAUCAAUGGCUCUCUCCAUAAUCUAUAUAAACUCUCUAGUACCAAACUAAAUUGCACAUCCAACUAAAGUUUUAACUACAGAAGGAGAACAAGUAGCUAGAUUAUCAUUACAUUUCUUGCAAUUCCACAAUGAAGAACAUUUUCUUCUCAAUGGUUUUCCUCCUCUCUCUAUUGUUCUUGCUUGCCAACGUCAAUGAGGCUGCCGUGCCAUGCAAUGCAGUAACAGCAAAGGCUGCUGGGUGUGUUGGGUUUGCAAUGGGGAGGGACUCCACGCCGUCCCCUGCUUGUUGCAGUGGACUCCAACAGCUUGCCGAGACUGUCAAAACCCUCGACGAUAAGAAGGCGAUUUGUCGAUGCCUAAAGGGAGCCGUUAAGGCUUUUCCGGGCGUCAAGGACUCCUCCUUGAACAAAAUUCCUGGUGCCUGCCAUAUCAAUGUUGGCUUUCCAGUCUCAUUGACCAUCAACUGUGAAACGUAAGACAAUAUUUCUUCUCUAAGUAGUUCAUUUCUUAUUGAUUCUUUCAGAAAAAACUCAAUUUUGGUUUUGUUUUGACAAUGCAGGAUUCACUAAGCAAAGUGGAGCUGGCUAGCCAAGUAGUUUUCAUGUUAGGAAGGGAUGAAUAAGACAUUGAGGCAGUGCAUUUGGUUCUUGUUGGAACCUACCUUUUGCCUUACUAAUGCUAAUAAUAAUGUAAUCUCUGGUUUUAGUGGAGGAUCAGCUAUUGAGGCUUUCUUUAAUU